CGAGCCAUUUAUAUAAGUUGUGGCGUAAACAUCAAAAAUCCUACGGAACCCUAAAACCACCAUCAAAAUCGGGACUCGAAUUUCUUUCGCAACGAAACCCCGCAGAGUGCGAGCUUGCCAUUAUGACGUCACAGUUUAAGUAACGAAUCACAGUAAACCAAAAGGCAACAAAAACCCAGUAAGUGCAAGCGAUGUAAUGCUCUACGGAUUGGGCGGCGCUCGGCGCAGGCCUGAGUGUAUCGACCGCGCUCAGCUCCGGGCAUCAUUCCACUAGUAGUCAUGCGCGAGACAUUACCUUACUGUGCCAUCGACCGUGUGUACUGGGAGUGACGAUGGAGAAAAGGAUCUAGGAUCUGAUACCAGGCAAAAUGUUGUCCAGCUUAGACAGCCAGCGGCCAUAGUGAAAUGACAAUACAUAUAAUAAAGUGCGGGGAGCGCUCAUGAGACAGUCGUGCCAUCGUCUGCUCGAACACCAGCAGGCAGGCGAGGAGGAGCCGCCGCUUUAUUCGCCCAUUGACCGAAUUUCAGUGGUACCAGAUCAUGUGGCCCGGGAGGCUGACACCAAGCUGACCAGAUAUGCGACGACGGAAGAAGACGAAGCCACUCUGAGGGAGCUACUACUUAGCCUACAACGACAGGUCAGCGUGAUGAGCAUGAACCUCUCGCAAAAGCUGGACGACCUGCAGCGAGGCGACCGCCAGCUGGAGACGACGGUGGCCCUCUGCGAGAUCCGCACUCAGCUGCAGGAGCUCACCAAGAGCGUGGAGUCAUGCCAGAGCGAGGUGUCCGAGGUGAAACGUGACAUGGUCGCCAUCAAGCAAGAGCUGGACACCGUGCAGCAGGUCAAGGAGGAGAUUGAGGAGCUGCGAGAGUACGUCGACCGGCUGGAGGAACACUCGCAGAGGCGGAAGCUGCGGCUGCUCGAACAGGGUUUGACUUUCUUCCUCUCCUACGCCAUCUUGGCCGCUGUGCUUGGCAUGCUUCAGUUCGGAUACAACACUGGCGUCAUCAAUGCUCCCGGCAGGAAUAUCGAAAACUUCAUGAAAGACGUUUACAAAGAUCGCUACGGGAGAGACAUCACAGAGGAGACGGUCAAGCGGCUUUACUCCAUCGCGGUCAGCAUCUUUGCUAUCGGCGGCAUGCUAGGCGGAUUCUCAGGCGGCAUGAUCGCUAACCGGUUCGGAAGGAAGGGCGGUCUGCUCCUCAACAACAUCCUGGGCAUCAGCGGCGCCAGUCUCAUGGGCUUCACCAAGAUCUCACACUGCUACGAGAUGCUGUUUUUCGGGCGGUUCAUCAUAGGAGUCAACUGUGGACUGAACACUUCCCUUGUGCCAAUGUACAUAUCCGAGAUUGCUCCCCUGAACCUGCGAGGUGGCCUUGGCACCGUGAACCAGCUGGCUGUGACCGUCGGCCUGCUGCUGUCCCAGGUGCUGGGCAUUGAGCAGAUCCUUGGCACUGACGACGGCUGGCCUAUUCUCCUUGGUCUGGCCAUCUGCCCCGCCAUCCUCCAACUGUUGCUGCUGCCGGCGUGCCCCGAGUCACCGAGAUACCUGCUCAUCACGAGGCAGUGGGAGGAGGAGGCCCGUCGCGCCCUCAGGCGGUUGCGGGCUAGCAACCAGGUGGAAGAGGACAUCGAAGAAAUGAGGGCGGAAGAGCGGGCGCAGCAGGCGGAGGCUUCCAUCUCCAUGCGGGAGCUGCUGUGUUCUCCGACUCUUCGGGCGCCCCUGCUCAUCGGCGUGGUGAUGCAGCUGUCCCAGCAGCUGAGCGGUAUCAACGCGGUGUUUUACUACUCAACGUCCCUGUUCACGUCCUCGGGACUCACGGAGGAGGCGGCCAAGUUCGCCACCAUGGGCAUCGGCGCCAUCAUGGUCGGCAUGACCCUUGUAUCACUGCCACUUAUGGAUCGCACUGGACGGAGGACACUUCACCUGUACGGGCUCGGCGGCAUGUUCAUCUUUUCAAUCUUCAUUACAAUUUCAUUUUUAAUAAAGGAAAUGAUUGACUGGAUGAGCUACCUGUCCGUGGUGUCCACGCUGAGUUUCGUGGUGUUCUUCGCCGUGGGCCCCGGCUCGAUACCGUGGCUGAUCACGGCGGAGCUGUUCUCGCAGGGGCCGCGGCCGAGCGCCAUGGCCAUCGCUGUGCUGGUCAAUUGGAUGGCCAACUUUGUCGUCGGCAUCGGCUUCCCUAGCAUGAAGGCGCUACUGGAAAACUAUACAUUCCUGCCUUUUAGUGUAUUCCUUGCAAUUUUUUGGAUAUUUACGUAUAAAAAAGUUCCUGAGACGAAAAAUAAGACGUUCGAAGAAAUUUUGGCCCUCUUUAGAAACUCCAACGGGAGUCUCAGAGCAAUCGUCGGGUGCGGGCGACGCGGGCCGCCCUCCUCCGCCCCUCCCGCCGCCCCGUUUCCCGGCCCCGGGCAACGUCUGACAAUGGGAUCCCCCCGCGCGCGCGCCGCUCGUCGCUCCCAUAAAGGCCGCAGCCAACUUCUUGUUUCAUGGACUGAGGCGCAAUGCAGCCCGUGCCCCUAUCACCACACAACAAAUGUUCUAAAUCUAUGUGAUUAGGUAUAAUAGGCUAAGUCACGAGCGUUAGCGUUAGAGAGGGCGGAGAGUUCUGCUGGAGUCGCGGGGUGGCGUGAAGUCUCACAUGGCGACCCUGUGAGAACAUUUACACAUACAUUUUAUUAGCAUUUCUUUUAUUAUCAGCAAACCGAAGAUA